CAUAUAUACAUAUUUGUGUGUGUUUAUGUUUAUGUUUGGUUAAUCGUUGACGAUGAAAAAUUUAGAUUAGGUUUAGAUUAGGUGAUUAACGGAAUAACUAGCUAUAUAUUCUUGUCACGUUCAUAUAUCGUGGGCUGUCCUCCAUAUCACCUCAGCAAAUUAGUUUUUUUUUUGCGUUUCUUCUUAAUCGACACGUUUUUAAUAGUUUAAUAAAAACCUGAUUUAAGUGUUCCGAUAUGUAAUGUAAUGUCGGAAUAUGUCUAGGCUCUAUGCUCUGUUCUUUGUUUUCUUAUUUGACGAGGUCUGUGAAAUUUGCAGGAUUCGAUGAAUAGAUCAUGUCUCUGUAGUAUCUUGGUCACCACUGCUCUGAUCUGUAGUGCUUACUUCAUUGGAAAUGCUUAUAUUGAUGAAGAGUUAAAAGAGAAAUUGCUGAGAUGGGAAAUCACUGAUAAGAUGCAUAACGUCACUAAUAAGAUACAGAACACCACUGAUGAGAUGCAUAAUGUCACUGAUAAGAUACAGAAAGUCGCUGAUAAGAUGCAGAACGCAACGUCUCCUACAUGCGAGAAUCUCAAUAAGCCAUUGGGUAGUGAAGCAUUACCGCAAGGAAUUAUCGUCAAAACAUCAAACUUGGAAACGCAACAUCUAUGGGACUACCGUCAAGAUAAAAAGGGGAACCCGAACCGUGCAAUGAGUUUGUUAGCCAUGGCAGUUGGAAUCAAGCAAAAGGAGCUAGUUAACAAAGUUAUCCAAAAGUUUCCUUCUCGAGAUUUUGUGGUCAUGCUUUUUCAUUACGAUGGUGUUGUGGAAGAUUGGAAGCAGUAUCCAUGGAACGAACAUGCGAUUCAUGUUUCCGUGAUGAAUCAAACGAAAUGGUGGUUCGCCAAGCGGUUCUUGCAUCCUGAUAUAGUUGCAGAGUAUGAGUAUAUAUUUCUUUGGGAUGAAGAUCUUGGUGUAGCUCAUUUUAAUCCUCAACGAUACCUAUCUAUUGUCAAAGAAGAAGGUCUUGAGAUAUCGCAACCCGCUCUCGACACUACAAAAACAAAGGUGCAUUAUCCUAUCACCGCUCGUCACAAUAACUUAAAAGUUCAUAGGCGCAUGUAUAAAGACAAAGGCAGUGUUCGAUGCGAUGACCACAGCACUGAUCCUCCCUGCGUCGGGUGGGUGGAAAUGAUGGCACCAGUUUUCUCUAGAUCAGCAUGGAGAUGCUCUUGGUAUAUGAUUCAGAACGAUUUGAUCCAUGCUUGGGGCUUAGAUAAACAGCUUGGUUAUUGUGCUCAAGGUGAUCGGAAGAUAAAUGUAGGUGUUGUUGAUGCUGAGUACAUAUUUCAUUACGGUCUUACCACACUUGGUGUGGUGAAAACCGCUUCAAGCUCGUCGGGGAAUGAGACAAAACCGAAAUCACGGACUCUCGUGAAGUGGAUAAUAGAGCAGGAGUGAGGAUCAAGUCAAAUGUGGAGAUGAAGAUAUUUAAGGAACGUUGGAAGAAAGCUGUGGAUGAUGAUAGAUGUUGGGUCGAUCCGUAUUGAAAACCUAAGCGGUGUAUGUAAACCGAACCAGACCGGAUUACCUUCACAAAUAGACUUUUGAAAAUUUUCUUCUUAUUUAGUGAUCUAGUGUAUACCAUUGUUUUGGUACAUAGAUUAGAAAAAAAUCCAAUGUACUUAUGCGUUCGGUGUUGGACCACAUAAAUGUAGAUGAGUUUAGCAACUUAAUAUUUAUA